AUGGCGGCUGAAGAAGAAAAUUUUGCGGAAGAGUAUUUGGAGCUUGUAAUUGAUAUAGAGUUGGAGAGGCUAUUAAAGUCGUUUGAAUUGAGCACCCCGGCUGUGGAAGAAUUUAUCACAAAUGGCUAUGAUAUUUCAGCACUCAAAGUGAUAGAGCGUGAAGAAGUGGAAGCUGUACUAGCACCACCUUUGCUAGCGGACAGAACUCGAUGUAUCAACAGAUUGAACAAGUGGCGUAUUUCUAUGGGUUUACGACCGGUGACGACUCCAUUGAAAAGCAGUAAUUCACCGAAGCCAGGUUGUUCCAAUCCACCAAAAACCGCAAUCGAGAACAUACCACGAAACCAAUGGACUUCGCAGGCUUUAAUUAAUAGGUCAAAGAAAGGCAGAUUGAUUUUAGAAGCAUUCCAAACAUCCAAAGUCCUCUCUAGAAAGGAUCGCAUCUUUAUCACCCAUCUAAUUGUAGAUGAGUUUGUGGACGAAUUCGGAAAACUAACGCGCGAGGAACUAUCUCUUCGUUCCGCAGAGCUGAAGUGCAUUUUUCCGACAGUUGAAGAGCAUAUCUGGUACAAACCAGCAUCCUAUCGUGACGGAAGCGGAAAGAAGGUCAAGUUGGGACGUGUUGCCAAAGGCUGCUUAUUCGACCGUAAUCACAACUAUCGCCGUGCACCAGCGGUUCCCGCGUCGUUAUCGGAAUACGGUGAGCAAUCUUCGAGAGCAGUGCAAUCAUUCACCGACGCUAUUACGGCAGAAUCAGUGGGACGAUAUCAAAAGCGAUGGAAAGCAACUAGUGCAGUACGUUUGCACGAAAUUGGCAAGCUUGAGCAAAUCACCUACCAACAUCUUCUUGACGAAUACCCGAUACUCAAGAAUACUGGUGGAUAUCAGCUGGUUAAAUUGGAUUUCACCUUUAAGCAUCCAACGAAGAGUGACCUAUUGUUCAACAAAUUUUCGGGUUUUCGUGAUCGUGCUAAAAAUUUAUUCCGCAACGAAAUACCGGUACAAGGAAGAUCACUUUUUGCUUUGCUAGACAGGGAGCUGUCGGAUGAUUCGAGAGAUUGUAUCACUAUCUUGCUAGUGUUUUACAUAUGGCCCAGUACCGUCACGCGCCUUCCGAAUGGAAAUAAAUGGAAGCCAUCCCUACAGGAGUGUAGAGAAAGCAGCAUCCUUCAUUUGAAAAGCUUGGCUGAUUACGAAACGGAACUUUCGAGACUCGGUCGCCUAAAUUUGUCGAGGGGAUUACCUGAUCACCCUGUAAUCGUCGUAGUAGGUGCCACAAUUGACCACAUCAAUCAGUUCUUCGUAAGCUACAAGGACAUAGCUUAUAGAGCGGAAACAUUCCUGAAAGCACUGGACGUCGUGUUCAAAAUAUACACUGCAUACGCCUUACGUUUCCCCAUCGAAGCAUCUGGUCCAUGGAAUUUCAUCGCAUACACUUUGUUCGACUUUGAGCCCCCCGAGGAUACAAACAAAGCAAGAGUGUUGACACUGGCCGCAACCCUUCGUAUCCAACUGCCAGCACAAUGAUUUCGUGCUUCAUUACCGGGUGCCAAUGGAAGACCACAUGUGCAAUGCUUCUCGGUACACAUCUUCGUAGAAUUCAUGAGCCUAUUGACGUUUACAGUUGCAAUGUUCCGAACUGUGAAAGGCGAUUUAGUGUACGAGCUUC